AUGACCCAGAAGCGACAGCGUCAUGUUUCAACGUUGGGAGAUGCAAUGUGUCAGCAGUCUGGAGAUCCGUCACCAUUUCUUCAGCUGGCAUGGGCCAUGGUCCUUGGACUAUACAUUGCUUCCGAAAAUAUUUCCUUUCUUUACGCAAGAACUGAUGGCAGCGAGGUCGAAGUAUGGAUUUGUGACUUCGAAUUGACUAGCUCCGCAUCAUUUGCAAGCAUGGUCAACCGUGCCACCUGCAGUCUUUGUUUCCGAGGCAAUUCGUGGGAUGAAUGGUGUUGUCAGAAGGACAUGUUCAACACGAAGUAUAACACCGCCCUAGUACAGAAGCAGGUUGCGCAGUUAAGUGCAACAAAAUCACCUUCUCAGCUUUUUGAGGAUAUCGAUAUAGUUCUGCAGGUUGAGAUGGGUAACUCAGAGCAUAUCGCCACCCUAGAAUUCAGUACUUUACAUAUAUGUGAGAGGCAAGCUUUGAGUUUGGUUGAAACAUUUAAGCUUGCGGUGGAUCGACUUUGUGCCGAGCCUCACGUCCCAGUGGGUGAUUUGAAUCUUUGCAGUACUCACGAUAUCGAUCAAUUGAGCAGGUGGAAUCCGGCCUUGCCUUCCCGUGACUGGAUGUGUGUCCAUGAUGCCAUACUCGAACAGUGUCUCCAAAUUCCUGAUCGUUCAGCUGUGGACUCCUGGGAUGGUAUCAUAUCAUACAGCGAGUUGGACAUGUUAUCGUACCAGUUUGCUAUACAUCUUCAUACUAUGGGAGUCGGUCCUGAGUCCAUUGUGCCAUUGUGCUUUGAAAAGUCCAAAUUCGCCGUAGUUGCUCUUCUUGGGGUACUGCGAGCCGGAGGAGCCUAUUCAUUUUUAGAUCCUUCCUACCCCAUUUCUCGACUGGCAAGCAUGUGUGAGGAUAUUCUAGCAGGAUUAAUAGUCUGUUCGGCCAAUACUUCCGCAAUAGCAGCGAGGCUUGGCCUACGGACGGUAAUAUUGUCAGAGGAUGAAUUUAGCUCAAAGCCCGAUAGCUCUCAGCAGCAACGUAUAGGUUUAGCCGCAACAAGAAACAAUCCAGUCUACGUGGCAUUCACAUCAGGAUCGACAGGCAAACCAAAGGGCGUUGUUAUUGAACACCGUGCGUUCUACUUGAGGGCAGAGGCAAAUCAACAACAGCUCGGGUUGGAUCGCCAGUCAAGGGUAUUACAAUUUGCGAAUUAUGUUUUCGAUGUCAGUAACCGCGACAUUCUUUAUACUUUAAUGUUCGGCGGAUGUAUCUGUAUACCGUCCGAAUUUGACCGCCACAAUAACCUCGCGGCGUUUAUGGUCCGGAAACAAGUGAAUUGGGCGAGUUUGACUCCGUCGCUGACCAGCCUGCUAAAACCCAGCGAUGUCCCUUUCCUACGCCACUUGGUUCUGUGCGGUGAACCACUGACACCGCUUCACAUUGCCACUUGGGCUGACCGGGUGAAUCUCAUCAACGCCUACGGUCCUUGCGAGACUGUAACAGUAUCCUCAGUGAGGAGUUUCAUACACCCAUUGGCCAGCCAUACAAAUAUAGGCUAUGGAAGUGGGUCUGUGCUCUGGAUAGUGGAUCAAUACGACCACAACAAGUUGGUGCCUGUGGGGGCGGUGGGUGAGCUGGUGAUCGAAAGUCCCAGUAUCGGUCGAGGAUAUAUCAAUAACCCGGCGGCAACAGCCGCGUCCUUUAUUCCGGCGCCCGUCUGGCUUCAACAGCUUCGGAAGAGCAAUCCACCUGAGAGAGUCUAUAAAACAGGGGACGUGGGACGGUAUGAACCUGACGGAAGUAUUUGUUUUAUUGGGCGCAAAGAUGAGCAGGUUAAGAUCCGCGGGAAUCGCAUAGAGCUCGGCGAAGUAGAACAUCACAUUGAGCAGAGCUUGGCCGACAACGCUCAGAUGUCCGUUAUUGUCGAUGCUGUUACACCAACAAAGGCCCAUUGGCCAUUACUAGUGGCCUUUCUGGCUGCCAAAAGAUACACUAGACGCGACGGAGACAUGAAGACUACCGUGCAACGGAUACUCUCUGGAUUGGAAAAGCAACUCAGCAGUCGAAUACCAACUUACAUGAUGCCAAGCGCGUUCGUCCCUAUUGACCGGAUUCCGAUGACCGCCACCGGAAAGAAGGACCGACGAAAAUUACGAGAAAUCUUUGGUACAAUGACUCUGGACAUGUUGGCAAACGUUCGGGCAGCAGAGGCCCGACGAGAACCAAAUUGCGAGACAGAGAGGCGGUUGCAGCAUCUAUGGGCAUCCGUACUUGGUCUACAACAUGCGACUAUUACUGUAAACGAUGGAUUCUUUCGGUUGGGGGGUGAUUCGCUUAAUGCGAUGAAAAUGGCGGCCAUCGCACGGUCGGAGGGACUUGACGUGUCAUUGGCAGAUAUAUUGGAAAACCAGACAUUGAGCAAUCUAGCUGAUGUCGUUUCAAAGAGACCACCAAUCGAUGUCACGGUCAAGUACAGACCUUUCUCCCUCGUGGACGCUGAAAAUCUUAUGCUCAAACUUCCAGUAGAGUUGGACGAGGCUAGAUCUGGGAAUAUAAUAGCUGACAUCGUCCCUGCCACGGAAUCCCAAGUUUUUUUCAUUACUCAAUGGACUCUCUCGUCAUUUCGCUUCAUGUUGAAUGGAAAGGUUGACCCAGACCAACUACGUGCUGCUUGCCAAGUUGUGGUGUCUCAACACACUAGUUUGCGGACCGUGUUCACAAAGGUCGGUGAUAGCUUCUUUCAGGUGGUGCUGAAAGAGAUUGAUGUCACCUUCAGUCAUAUCCAAACUGACGCCAGUUUGCAAGCAUUCUGCCAGUCAAGAUCGGACCUUGACCUUAGCUUGUCGCCUCUAUCGGGAAAGCCUCUUGUCCAGUUCACACUAAUUUCCAGCUCAGAGGUAGAGCAUGCGUUGAUGGUCCGUCUCUCCCAUGCCCAAUAUGAUGGCUACUCGUUUCCUAUUAUGAUCCAAUGCAUUUCAUCCUACUAUAACAAUAGCCAUAAAACGGCACCCACGCUUCCGCUUGCUACACCAUUCGCGGAUUACGUAUACACCUGCGAUCGUCAAAAAAACCAGGAGGCAUUCCAGUUCUGGCGGAAAAACCUCGAAGGCUCGUCCAUGACCUCGCCAGCGCUUCUAUUUAAUAUUUGCAACGACGAGAUUCCGAAGGAUAUUAAACAAUCUGCUAGUGGGAAACUCCCUACAUGCCCAGAGGACCUCACUGUGGCCACUCUGAUGAAUGCAGCUCUCAGCAUUAUCCUAUCACAGCUGGCACAGACGGAUAAUGUUGUAUUUGGUGUUGUUAUGAACACGCGCGACAUCCCUUUAGAGGGGGUCGAGUCAAUGCUCGGACCUUGCAUCAAUAUCAACCCAUUCCGGGUACGCCUGCUCGGCACAGAAACAGUGUCCAGGCUGUGUCGAUCUUUGCAUGGUCAAUUUGCUCAAGUGGCUCGCUAUGGUUACUUGGAUCUUCCCGACAUUGUCGCCAACAGCACGGACUGGCCACAGCGGACGAAGCUCGGUUUUAUGAUAAACCAUCUCGAUGGAAACAAGAAGCCUAUUCCUCUCUCUCUGGAUGGAGUCAUAUGUAACGAUUCAUCUUGGACUGCGAAGAUCGACCUUUCCCAUCAAGUACUAGUUCGCUCCGUUACGACAAAAGAGCAGUUGACGGUUGAGAUCCUAACUUCCAAUCGACUCAUGAGGGUGGAAGACGCUAGUGCAUUGGCAAGCAGGCUCAUAGACACCGCGCAGGCUCUCUCGGAGUCUUUGGCUAAGAUGCUUAGUCAGGUGCGAAGUGUUUAUAUUCGCACCCGCGGGCCUGAACUCUUGAAGGCCAGCGAUUAG